UUUCCCUUCUGGGAAAUGUCUUGCCGCUGUUGAAGAGGAUUUACUGUGAUGCCUGAUUUGUGGUUCAACAUCGGGCCAAAGUGUGUGUGUGUGUGUGUGUGUGUGUGUGUGUGUGUGUGUGUGUGUGUGUGUGUGUGUGUGUGUGUGUGUGUGUGUGUGUGUGUGUGUGUGUGUGUGUGUGUGUUGAAUACGGGUGUGCGAUGGACCCAAGCAAGUGUGUGUUGAGUGUCGCUUCAAGUGUGGGUGUGUGUCAUCCCUUUAAUCCUCCUCAUAGUUUCUCUUUUCUUCCUUUAAUCUCCCCUUUGCACUCUAUAAGUCUCAUAUAAAAUCUGCCUCUUCUCCACCUCCUCUCCUCCUUUGCUUCAUCCCUCCCUACUUUUUUUUUACAUGACCACAAAACCUCUGGGGAGAUGGAAAGUUGUAUCAAUGUUUAAGAGAGAGAGAGAAGGAGAGAGGGAGGGAGAGAGAGAGGGAGGGAGAGACUCCAGUGAAAUUGAUUGUAUCGCUCCUUGGAAUCAUUCCCGGAACACAAUAGUGUGAUGCUCAUCGCAUUCUCCUUCUUUUCCCUAUUUCUCUCUUUCUUGCAUUUUCGUGGGUUCUUCAAAUUCAACGGGGGAUCUUCAGGUCGUGUGUGUGUGUGUGUGUGUGUGAUAUUGAAGGGUUCCCACAAGCAACUGAGACUUAAAGGGAGAGAGAGAGCGAGAGAGAGAGAAAAAAAAGACACGAAUAGGAGGAGCACAGAGCUGGGAGGGGUGGAGAGCGAGGGAGCGAGAGAACGAGUGAGUGAGCGAUCGAGCAGUACAGAGUGUGAAGCCGCCGCAGCAGCAGCAAGGAGAUCAAAGCUUUUCCAUCGCCCACCCUCUCUGUCUCGCUCUCUCCGGCGGUGGUUGAAUACAAGGGAUAAAUUGGAGGAGGGAAGCCAGCAAGAGGGUAAGCGAAACGGGGCCGUCUGCUGUCACAGGAGCUCACGGCUUCCCCUCAUCUACAGGCCUCUCCACAUUCUUCCCACCGGAGGAAGACACGCAUGCAGGAGAGGGCUGACGGACAAGGACGAACCUGGGGACUGUCCAGAUUUGCGUGCACACACGCAUACAUUCCCGCACACACAAAGACGCACACACACACACACACUCAAAGGACACCUCUCGCGUGGACCAGCGCUAUCGGAAUGGAUCAGUUCCAGGCGGAACGCCUUUCUACUUUUUAGAGGGACUAUCACGCUCAGCGGCGGUGCGCUUCCUAGCAGGAUGAAGCAGUGUUAAGCUGUGGCACUGUGGCUGUCGCGCUGCUGCUUCGUCGUACGUAUUGUGCAGGUUGUUCGGAUUCCGGCUGGAUUCUGAAACCAAACCGAGGGGGAGGGUCCCAUCGCUCUCGACCCGGACAGGGCCUUGGACACGUUCUCUCCAGUCCCCUGUAGCAGACCGGUCGAGGCCAAUGGAUCUCCUCGCUUCAUACUAGUCUUCCGACCCUUUAAAGCUUCUUCAACCCAUCCAUCCUCCUCUACCUCCGCCUGGAGACAGACGCGGUCCGGAACCAGCCUCUGCUCCUGGCCCAGAUGCCUCUCUCCUAAUUAGACGUGGAGCUGGAGUUGGGAGGCUAUAACGAGACACCCGAGGAAGUGGAGAGAAAGAGAGAGGGAGGGAGAGAGAGAGAGACAGAGUGGGGGUGCAAGAGUGUUGCUUCAUCUUUCUUCCCAACCCCCUCUUUGUUACGACGUGAUCUGCCCGAUAUCUCCCCCAACCCCUGCGAGACUGUAUGUAUUUCUUUGGGACUGUUGCAUCGACGCACUGCACCACCUGAUGAGGAGCACCUUGGCUUGACCCAGAGGAGGGGACAGAGGCAGAGGCCAUUUGUUUUUGUGUUGCACUCCAAACCCCCGUGGGUAUUGUCCUGACCGACUUGGUGGAGGAGAAUCUGAGGUCCUGGGUCUAGCUGGGAGGCGUGCAUACACAGGCAUGUCUGGUCUGCCUAAUCCUCUGGAGAUAUUCUGAUGUAACGCUACCAGCGAGACUCCCCGAGCUGCAUAACGGAUAUGCACACACAUGGGCGAGUUCAGAAAUCAAGGCUCCACAGGUAGUAAGAGUUUAGGCUUGCCUCGGUUUUUCGCGCGUGACUUCUUUUGGAGAAGUAUUCGUUUUUUGGCAACGAGUUGUUGAUCGAGCACAUGCUUGAAUUAAGGAGGCACUAACGCACACACACAGAGGAUCUAGCAUGUCAGCGGCGGUGCAGUUGGAUGAGCAGGGAGGAGAGUUGUGGGAGGAGUGUGGGAGACUGGAGCCGGCACUCUGAUUGAGUUAUUAACAAGAUGUCACUCCAUUGGCUGGCUUUCCCAACAAGCUGCCGCAUCAUAGGCUGAGUGCACACUCUCCUUCAUCUAGCCUCCUAUGCUGGCAAAAGCAGAGACUAUCUUUAGCGUUAGCAUCAGAGUUUAUCGACAGCGCUAUCCAUACGACUGCUAGGGCUACGUCUACCGCUACUACGACUAGUACGCUUGUUAUGACAGCUGCAUAAUAUUCAGUGUCUUCUGUUACUCAUCUGACUUGGCCGACGGUGAAGAAACACGGCUACAGUUGCUACGACACAUCAAUAUUUAAUGUGCUUACAUCACCACAAAGAGAUUUGCAUCGAAAUCGAAGAAGAGCCGCGUCUCUGCCAGUGUAGCAGUGUGGAUUGCUGAUUUUUAAACAGCCCCGCCAACACUCCCUCCGUGUGAUAUCACGUGCACGGUUUGAUGCCGUGCACCUCGGAAUAUCGCGGCGUCGAGCCAGUGAGAUGAGACUUCUAUUGAUUCCAACUCGUCUUGCCAGUUUGCUUUCUGCAUACACACACACAAUGACUCUUUAGAACACGCACAACCUUUCACACAUCCAGUCUUGCACACACACACACACACACACACCACACACAUGCACGCACACCAGUGAAGACCGAGCACACAAGCUGUGCCGUGGAAAUAGUCCAAGCCUUAAUGAGGAGUACGAGAGAGUGACUCUGCAGUGCAUGGGUUUUCUCCCCAUCCCUCCCUCUCUUUCUCUCCAUCUCUCUGUACUUUGAAAAACACCACUGGCGCCCAUGGACCUCAACUGGUUGCAUCGCCUUUACUACCAGGGCAGAACCACAACGAGGACCAAGACCAGGACUAGGACCGAGAACCCAGGACCAGGAAGCUCAAUCCCUACAGCCCAUAUUUAUAACACCCCCCCUCCUGACUUGACGAUGUCUUGGUGUCCUUGACGACUAGCGUAUGUCCCCGGUGACUAGCGGAAUACAGAGAAAAGGAGGCCAGCACAAAAACACACACACACGCGCACCCAGCAGAGACACUGGCAAUAGGGACUAGCUGCCCACAGUGUGGUGGAAGAGAGGACUAGAGGAAGACGAGGAAGAGAGAGAGAGAGAGCGGACCGAACAGGAGAGAGUUUUGACACGCAGCCCUGCAGCAGGGUCGGCCUCUCGCUGAACCAAUGAGCACCCCGGGCAGAGGGAGCCUGACUGCCUCUACAGCUCCGUGUGACUGCACCCUACGCCCUCUGUCUUUUUAAAUAUUCAGUGUCCCAUGUCGACAAGGCAGAAGCUGAAGCGUCCCCUGCUGAUGUCGCUGUUCUUACAGGUGUCUGGGUUGACGCGGGCAACUGUCAUUCGUAACGCGUAGCCGCUCUGAUCCGCCCCCUGUGUUGACCCCUUACUCGGCUCAAACGGCCAGAAGCAGUCUUUUAAAUGGCGACUUGGAAACGGUUCAUCCAUUUCCCAUAUUUCCUAGUUUUGUAAAGCACUCGUUUUCUACUUUUUCUACCGGAGAGUGUUUGGCCGGACAGGGCCGACAUGGGGAGCUCCAUGGGUUGUGUUCGCCCCCAACGGGAGGAUCUAAGUGGAGCCCCGCCCCUUUCGCCAAAGAAGCGCCUGCGUUUCAAGAGGAAGCGCAAGGGGAGGAAGGGGAGGAAGGGCGAGGCGGCCCCGGAGGAGUCGGGGCGGCGGGGGAGUCGCGACCCGGACCCCCGGGACGAAGAGGAGGAGGAGGAGGGCGAAGGGGAGAAGGCGUCCCUAUUAGAAACGACCGAUUCCAAAAACACCAGGCUCUGCUUCAGGGGGGUACCGGACCCCCGGUUGGGCCACUUCAUGUCGUCCAGCAACACCCUCGCCCCUGGGUGUCACAGCGUCUCCAUGGGGGGCAGCAGUCUGCUGGAGGUGACCCCCAAACCAAGCCCGGCGUGGAGGGGGGUCUUCUGCCUCCCGGGCCAGGAGGACACCGUCAGCGCCAUCGUGGAGCUCUCCAGCCUCCCAGGCCAGACUCCCACCGCCAGGGCCCCUCCUGCCAGCCUGGCCCUGGGCACCGCCAACACCACCAGCAAGACCCCCCUGGGGAGCACCACCCCGGGGGGCGGCAGGGUGUGUCGAGUCAAGGAGAAGGUCCAGGGGGUCCUGGAGAAACCUUGGAUCCUCCGACCCAAGAAGGAGAAGAAGGAAAAGGGGAGAGCGAGACAGCAGCAGCAGCAGGAGAUGAAAGAGGCUGGAGGGACGGGCGGGGGCCGGACCGGGGGCACCGCGGGUCUCGGCGGGGCCCAGACGGCCAUGGAGAGGGAGCGUAAGGGGGUCAUCCACAUCCGGGAGGCCGAUGGGAAGCUGUGCGUGGUGCGGACUGUCUACCCCAGCGACUACGGAUCCCCCGUGUGGAGGGGAGACGUCGACGGGGUGGAGGUCCGGGCCGAGCCCCCCGCCCCGUCCCCCGUCACGGGGAACGUCCUCACCGUGCAGCUCUCCGAGGACGAUGACGGCAGGGCCAAAAUGGCCGACCCCGGACAGGCAGUUUCUGCUCAUCAAACAGGGAAUCGGGAAACUACGACUGCUGCUCGGCAGUUUGACCUGGACACUCCGCUAGGCAGGCUAGGGGGCACUUCGUUGCUGGAGUCGGGCUACGCCAGCGACCUGCCGUUGACCUCCCCGGGCACUGGGGGCACCACGCCCAGUCAGACGGACUGGGGGGGCACCACGCCCAGUCAGACGGACUGGGGCGGCCUCAACACCAGCAGCUCCUCGGAGAGAGUGGACUCCACGGUGGAGAGUCCUCUGUCUCCAGUACAGCAGGCACCUGUUAAACACCUGCCACAGAUCUCAGAGAUCUAUGUGAGCGGGGAGUCAGGUGACCUCACGGCCAAGGAGAAGCUGUUGCUAUGGACACAGCAGGCCACAGAGGGCUACCCAGGCCUGCGCUGCUCCAACUUCACCUCCUCCUGGAGCAACGGGCGCCUCUUCAACGCCCUGCUGCACCGAUACAGGCCAGACCUGAUUGAUAUGGAGGUGGUGACACACCAAAGUAACCGUGACAACCUGGAGCAGGCGUUUGAGAUUGCAGAGUCGCUAGGGGUAACCAGACUGCUGGACGCUGAGGACGUGGACGUUCCCUCUCCGGACGAGAAGUCAGUCAUCACCUACGUGGCCUCCAUCUACGACGCCUUCCCCAAGAUCCCAGAGGGAGGGGAGGGCAUCCCAGCCCACGAGGUGGACCAGCGGUGGUCUGAGUACCAGACCCGGUUCUCCUCUCUGAUGCAGUGGAGCCGCAAGCACACGGCCCUCAUGGCUGACAAGAACUUCCCCCAGAACCCUGUGGAACUCAAGGCACUUUAUAACCAGUACAUCCACUUCAAAGAGACGGAGAUCCCCAUCAAGGAGAUGGAGAAGAGCCGCGUGGAGCACCUCUACAAACUGCUCGAGGUGUGGAUAGAGUUUGGUCGCAUCAAGCUCCCUCAGGGCAUCCAUCCCAACGAGUUGGAGGUGGAGUGGGGGAAACUCAUCCUGGAGAUGCUGGACAGGGAGAAGGCUCUGCGGCCUGCAGUGGACAGGGUAGAGUUACUGCUUCAGAUGGCCAAUAAGAUCCAGAACACGGCUCUGGACUGUGAGGAGAAACUCACUCUGGCCAAAAACACUCUCCAAGCUGACAUGUCCCGCAUGGAGAGCGGGGAGGGGGUCCAGUGUGAGGGCGAGCUGGCCUGCUACCUGCAGGACUGUGAGGGUCUCAUCAGACAGCUGAACCAGGACGUCAGGGGUCUGCGAGAGGAGCGCUACUACCAGGUGGACCAGCUGGCCUCCAGGGUGUCGGGUCUACAAGAGGAGCUGGUCUCCCUCCGGCUGCAGUGCUCCAGCGUCUACAGGAAGGGCCACUUCUCCUCCCAGUCCCUGCUGGAGCAGACGGCCCCCAGGCCAGCCGACCGGGGCCUCUCGCUGGGGCAGACCCUGCUGGGCGCGGUGGGGGCGGUGGGGGCGGUGGGGGCCGCCUUGCUCCGCAGACCCAUGGCCCGCUCCCAGCUGGUGGCCAUGUCGUCGUCUGAGGACGAGGGCAGCCUGAGGUUCAUCUACGAGCUGCUGGGAUGGGUGGAGGAGACCCAGGAUCUGCUUGAGGGGGCUGAGUGGGGGGCAGACCUCCCCUCGGUGGAAAACAACCUCCAGGAACACAACGAGAUACACACCGCUGUGCAGGAGCUGCUGAGCAGCAUACAGGAGGCGCGCAAAUACCAGGGUAAAGUCUCUCCGAACUUCAAGAACAGCUACUGUGAAACCAUGGCCAAGCUGGAGCAUCAAUACUGCAAACUACUGGAACGAUCGUCAUGGCGCCUGCGGAGCCUGGAGAGCCUGCACGGGUUCGUGACGCGCUGCACGGAGGAGCUGAUCUGGCUCAACGAGCGGGAGGAGGAGGAGAUGGCCUACGACUGGGGCCACGGGAACACCAGCCUGGACACCAAGAGGGAGCUCUACACCGAAAUGAGGUCAGAGCUGGACGAGAAACAGGACAUGAUGCAAGUGCUCCAGGAAACAGCCGACCGCCUCUGUCAGGAGAACCACCCCGCCAAACAGACUGUAGAGGCAUACAGCGCGGCCCUGCAGACCCAGUGGCAGUGGGUGAGACAGCUGUGUGUGUGCGUCGAGCAGCAUCUCAAAGACAACGCCGCCUACUUCCAGUUUAUGAAUGAGGUGCGCGACUGUGAGUCGUACCUGCGUCAGCUGCAGGACACCAUCAAGAGACAGUACACGUGUGACCGCAACAGCAGACUCGGCAAACUGGAGGACCUGCUGCAAGACUCUAUGGAGGAGAAAGAGCAGCUGAUAGAGUACCGCAGGUCUGUGGCCAGCCUGGUGGGGCGGGCCAAAGCGGUGGUCCAGCUCCGCCCACGCAGCACUGACACCCCCCUCGGAGCCGCCACGCCCAUCAGAGCCAUCUGUGACUACCGACAGAUAGAGAUCACUAUAUCCCGUGGGGAGGAGUGUGUGUUGGAGGACAACUCCCAGAGGACCAAGUGGAAGGUGAUCAGCCCCAGUGGGAACGAAGCCAUGGUCCCCUCGGUGUGUUUCACCGUCCCCCCUCCCAACCCGGAGGCCAUCGACACCGCCAGCAGGAUGGAGCAGAUGUACCAGAAGGUGAUGUCCCUGUGGCACCAGCUGCACAUGAACAUGAAGAGCGUGGUGUCCUGGCACUACCUGACCAAAGACCUGCGCACCGUGUCCGCCUGGAGCCUCGACACUAUGCGCUCCCAGUCUCCGCCGGAGCGGGACCAGGCCCUGGAUGAGCUGGAGUCCCACCUGGCGGACUUCCUGUCGGACAGCAAGGAGAGCGCUCUGUUCACGCCCGCCGAGAGGUCGGACCUGGAGAAGGAGGCCCAGCAGGCCCAGAAACACUGCCAGGACCUGCUGCUCAACAUGGAGACCGUGGAGAAGGACGAGUCAGUCUCCCGGUCCUACCUGUCUGAGCUGCGUGACAUCAGCCUCCACCUGGAGGACGUGGAGCGCAGGCUGACCCGGGCCAUCCAGACCCCGCCCCUCAGCCACCUGUCAGGGGACGGCGCGGACGGCACCGCCAGGAUCACCGAGCAAGAGAAGAUGCAGGCGGAGCUGGAGGCUCUGCAGUCCAGCGUGGGGGAGGUGUCCCGCCGCUGCGUGGGCUUCUUCCAGGACAAGCCCACCUCCUCCAGCGUCCCGGCCAUGCGCUCCGAGCUCAGCCAGGCUGUUGAGAAGAUGGACAAACUGUACAACCUCUCCCACGUCUUCCUGCAAAAGCUGAAGACGGUGGACGUUCUGAUGAGCCGGCUGGGGGACACGGAGGAGGUGGUCCGCAAGUACGAGAGCAGACUGAGCGACGAAGACACCGUCCCCGCCGACACCACCGCCAUGCAAGUCCUGCAGGAGCAGCUAGCGUCGUGGCAGGGGGAGCUGAGCGCACAAGACGGCGUGCUCCGCUCGCUGCAGGCCGAGGUGGAGCGGGCGAGGGAGGCGGGCUCCCAGCUGGCCCGGCUCCACCCGGACCGCAGCUCGGAGCUGGAGCGCUACCAGGAGAGGGCCAAUCAGAUGGCAGAGAGGUGGAGCAACGUGGAGCGGCAGAUGGAGACACGGCGGGCUGACCUGGAGGUCCUGGGCUCGUCCCUGCAGCAGUACAAAGACGGCCACUCAGGCCUCAUUAGCUGGAUCGAGGAAACCACAGAGAGACAGGAGAACACACAGCCGGGCCAGAUGGACAGCAAGGCCCUGUCGGAACAACUGGCUCAACAGACGGCCUUGGUAGUUGAGAUCGAGGCGAACCAGACCAAACUAGACCAGUGCCAAAUUAACGCCAAACAGUACUGUACCUCAGUCAAGGACUAUGAGCUUCAGUUGAUGACCUACCGAGCCUUCGUGGAAUCCACCCACAAGUCCUCCCUCAAGAGGCGGAGGAUGCACUCCUCCUCAGACGCCAUUUCUCAAGAGUUCAUGGACUUGCGGACACGCUACACCGCCUUGGUUACCCUGACAACGCAACACGUCAAGUACAUCAGCGAUGCUCUGAGGAGAAUAGAGGAAGAAGAGAAAGAGGUGGAGGAGGAGAUGCAGGCCAGGGUGGGCCCGGUCUCAGAUCUUCUGGGCUGGGUGAAAGGUCUCCAGGGGCGGAGCCUUGGCCCCAACGCUGAGUCCUCAUUGGCUGCUCAGCAGGCCGUCACAGAACAACUCUCCGCUAGGAAGGAGGAGGUCGCUGAAGCCAUCAGGAGCACCCAGGUGUUCCUACAAUCUAAACAAGCCAGCAAGUUGUCCCCAGAGGAGAGUGCCCGGGUCAGGGCCCAGCUGGAGGAGCUGACUUCCACCUACAGCCAGCUGUGUGACAGCUCCAGCCAGCAGCUCCAAAAGAUGGAACACCAACUGGCCAAGGAGGAGGAGGAGAAGAAACAAACUGUUAUUGCUGGAAUCAUCGACAUGGGAUCCAUGGAAAUCUUCUCAGUGUUCAGUGCAGCCCAGUGCGGGCUCAUUGACCAGGAAACCUGCCGCUUCCUACUGGAAGCCCAACUCAUCUCUGGUGGGCUCCUCCAGCCUCCCUCCCCUCAAAGCCUCUCAUUGGAGCACGCCUUGGCCCAAGGAAUGAUAGACAACCACACCAGCCAAUCGUUAUCUUACUUGGAAAGGGCCUUGCAUCUGGUGAAUGAGACAAAAUCAAAAGAGGGAGAGAAGCAAUGUCUCCUGCCAGUGGCAAUAGCCUUGGAGGAAGGAGUUAUCAGUGAGCACUUGGGGCUCCAUAUUCUAGAGGUCCACAUGAAUACAGGAGGCUUGAGAUAUCCCAGUGGAGAAUUGGUCGAUUUGAACACUGCCUUAGACCAGGGUCUUUUGCCUUCAAGAAUCUACAUUAAGCUCCAAUCCCAGCUCCAACGUAGGGAGCUUAUUGACCCAAAUACUGCAGAAAGGUUAAGCCUGUCUGAGCUACAGCAACGCUGUAUAAGUCAUGAAGAGUCUGGCCUUCAUCUCCUGCCGGUCAAACAGCAAUCUGAAAGAACCGUCUCCCUACGUUCUGGAAGAAAAGUGGGCAUCUUCCGCGCCAGCCAAGAAGGUCUUGUGGACCAAAAUGUUACUGUGAGGCUACUUGAAGCUCAGCUAUUUGCUGGCGGUAUUGUUGACCCACGUUCUGGACAUCGUCUAGUCCUUGAUGAGGCUCUUAGCCAAGGAUUGAUGCAUCAGGAUCAGGCAUGCACUAUACUGGCUCGGCAGCUCCAAACUGGAGGAAUACUGGACCCUCGCAGCGGUGAGCGUCUAGGCUUGGACGAAUCUCUCCGCAGGGAUCUUCUGUCUCCUUCUUUAGCUCUCUUGGUACUUGAGUCCCUGCAGUCCUUCAUGGGGAUGCUGUGGCCAGAAUCUGGAGAACUAGCGCCCAUCGCAGAGGCCCUACAGCAGGGAGGCGUCUCAGAAGAUCUGGCGAGAAAUGUCCUGGGGCAACGUCAUGUUGUUGGAGCCUUGUAUGAUGUAGGAGCACUUCACUUGGUACCUCUCAGCCAAACAUCUGAAAAAGCCCUGGAUCUCAGUGUGGCCAAAGUCCUAAGCAAGAUCCAUAUCCCUGAUGUUCUCCCUAGUACACCAUCGAGUCCUCCAUCUACGAAUCGCAUCAGCUGGUGUUCCACCAGCUCAUCUCCUUCUCCAUCCUCACAACCACCUGGUUCCCUAACUACAGGGCAUGUCUGGGACUCUACUCCAAUGGAUUCUAGCGAAACACAAGAACAAGCAAAGCAUGUGUUACUUUCCCAUCUGAUGACUCACAGCUAUGUUGAUGUCCAUUCUGGGAAACGCCUUGUGCUUCUAGAUGCAGAGCUUGUGGAGUUGGUCAAGGCUACUGGGCUGUCAUGUGCAGACACUUCUCCUGGAUAUCAAGUUCAGGAGGAAGGAAGUAGUUUGAUCGCUGGUUCAAUACAGACCAUAGGUAGUAUCAGAACACUAGUAUUUAGUGCUGAGGGAGAGAAAGAGGAAACAGCGGAAGUUGUAAAGACAAGCUGUCAAGCAAUCCCAAAGGUUGUCCUCUCCAGUAAAAUCAUUGAACGAAAAGGCAGAACUAGUCAAGAAAGUAAAAAUGGUGUAGGUGACAGAGCAUUGCAGCAAACAUCCAAUCAGAAAAUAGAGCCAGCAAUCGGGGGGAAAGGUGAGAAAAAAAUUGGAAAUGUCACCGCAAAAGGUGAAAUAGAAAUAGCUCCUCGUUCUGAGAACUCUGCAGGAAAACCUCUAAGUCAGCAGGUAAACAAGUCAGAUCAACACAAAGAGGUGCAUAAUAAAGAAGGUAGCUCACCUUCAAAACAAGCAGACACUUCACCAUCCAUUAACCAAGACAAUGCAACUUCUUCUGUAGUAAAUACAGAAAGAGUCUAUGCUGAGUUAGAACAAGAUCUAGCCAUCGUAGAAAGUUCUAAAACUAUAGAUUCAGCAGGCUCCCAAGCAGUAAAAUCUAUGGGAUAUGCUCAAAUUGUCCAAAAGUCGGACUUGGAUUAUAAAUCACAGUUUAUUAACCGUAGCUCAGAGACAAAUAAAACGGAGGAGGAAGCUGAGAUGGAAAGGUUAACCAUAGAGCUUAAACAGGGUGGCCUCCUGACGGAGGAAGGAGACAGGCUGCUCCCAGAUGAGGCUGUAGCCCAGGGAAUCCUCCCAGGCCAAACUGCAGUUAAACUCAUGUCUCAAGCCGGUCUUUUUGGUGGAUUCCUAGAUGCCACUAGUGGUGAGUUACUCAGUUUAGAGGACGUAAUGCAGGAAGAUCUUCUUGAUGAAGACCUAAUGUGGAGUGUUCUUAAGUCUGAUAAAAGCCUAUCUGGUGUAGUGGACAUUGACAAAGGAAAUGUCUGUGGGUUGAGGGAGGCAGCUCAGAAAGGCUUGAUCGACUCCAACACUGCUUCUCGCCUUCUGGAAGCCCAGGUUCUCUCUGGGGGAAUUGUUGAUUUAAAUAGGGAUGAAAAAGUGUCAGUAACCCUCGCAGCCAACCUGGGUCUGAUCGAGGAGGAUCAGAAAGAAUCACUUGAGGCAUUAGAAAAUGCUUACAAGGGAAAGGCCACGGAACCACAAACGGCAAUUGCCAAAGCCACAAUCCAACUACAGAUGGAAGGCAUUGUUGACCCUGAAUCUCGGUCUCCUGUUCCACUGGAAUGCGCCAUUCAGAAGGGAUUGAUUGGUUCAGAGGAGGCUUAUCAGGCACUCUCAAAGCAGGUUGCUGAAGGGGGUAUUUUACACCAUGCUUCAGGAACAAGGUUGUCCGUUUCUGAUGCUUUGGAGAGAGGACUGGUUGACCGCUCCCUUGCCCCGGGACUGGAAGAACUGCAGUGUGUCUACAAGGGGAACGUCAGCCUUUUAGCACACCCAGAGGCUGCUCUAUUCCAAGCUUCAACAGGAGCUAUUUACAGCCCAGAAUCUGGACGCAAACUGACACUGACGGAGGCGGUUUCCAGGGGCCUGCUUGAGAAGAAAGUGGCCAAGGAAGCUAUGGCUUCUGAUAGUGUAACUCAAGGAGUAAUUGAUCCCCAAUCCUGUCGUAUUGUCCCUUAUUCUCACCUAGUACACCAGGGUAAGAUAGAUCUUAACACAGGAAAACGAUUCCUGGAGGUAAAACAAUUCAGCGGUAUUCAGGAUGAGCAAACGGGGGACAUCUUAACGUUAAAGCAGGCCAUUGCAAUUGGCAAAGUUGACCCAGUACCAGCUUUGAGGCUGCUCCAAAGCCAGGCUGACAGUGGUGGGAUCAUUGAUGUCACCAGUGGAGAUAGGCUGCCUCUGCCUGAAGCCUCUGAGAAAGGUUUGAUUGAGGAGGAUAUGGCCAGAGAAAUUGCCAUCAACCAGAUCACCAAAGGAGGCCUGAUCCAUCCUACUACUGGUCAAAGAGUUGCAAAUCUUGAUGAUGCUAUCAUAGCAGGUCUAAUCUCAAGUGAAAUGGCCUUUGAUAUCCAGGAGAGCAUGACUUUAGCAGAAAUAGAUGAAGGUGAGGGUAGUUAUACACCAAUGGUUUCCUCAAACAGUGCCUACAGCCCUGGUGCGGGUUCAUCAGUAGCCAGCAACCCUGUAAAAUGGUCAAGUGAAGGCGCUCUGUCAACCUCUCCACUCUUAGAGCAGUCAGGGAUAGGUUUGGUGUUUAAAGAGGUGGAUCAAAAGCAAUUGGAUUCUUUGACAUCAAAUCAGUUGAGCUUGUGUGAUGCCACUUUAGAAGAAGAUACUGUAGAGCAGCCACUCUCUGAGUCUGACUCAUCAAUUGACCUGCUGGCUAAAUUUGCCAGCAAUGUUGGGAAAAGGAUUCAGCAAGCAAUCAAUGAGAUCAAACCUCAGAAAGCUGAGCUAAAACAGGGGCCAGGUGAGGCAUCAUCAAUAAGGGAAAGACCUGCUGUCGGAACACAAAAAGAGAGUGAUUAUACUGGUAUCACCGCAGUAUCAUCCUACCAGGAAUCAGACCCUGAAACAUUCAACGCAUCUUCUAAAGUACAAGUUGCAGAACAGGUGACUAUCACAAGAUCAGUGGACCUAUCUGUUAGGGCUGACAAGAAAAAGACAAGGCCAGCAGAUGUCAGGGUUUUGUCAGAGCAUCAUGAAGAUGAAAAUGAUGAAAGAAUCAAAGACGCAAAAGCAGAUGAUGUCCGGGAGGAGGGAAAACAAAAGGAAAGCCUAGGUGUAGAUGUGCUUUCUCUAAAAGAACUAGAACAUGAAUACACCGAACAAUGUGACGAAGCAGGGAAAAGAGAGAUUGGAGGAGAAUUGGAGGACACAGCUGAAACAAUUCUAACAGGAGAGGGAACUGAUGUGAAGCAUUCAGACCAGAGUUUAACUGCUUCAGAUAAAGAGGCCGAAGCCAAAAGCAAGAAAAAGAAGAAGAGCAAGAAGAAAGGCAGGGGAAAGGAAAGUGAAAAUAAGCCACUACCUUUAGAGAAAAGCGAUAAUGUAUCGGACAUUAAACAAAUGGAUUCAGAAAAUGAAGGGCAGUCUCAACUCACAAAGUCAAUCACUGGUGUUUCGCCAUUACCAGUGAAGGUUAAGAUAUUAGAAUCCACCCCCGAAAGAGACCUCCAUGUCAAAGAUGGAGAACUAAAGAUUGAUGGGAAGGUUGAUGCAGCGGAAGUAAUCCUAGUAUCUCAAGAUGAUCAGCAGGCAAAUGAUAACGGAGGGCAACCAGACAUGACAAGAGCUGAAAUAGUAAGAAAGCAGAUGGAAGAAUGCCUAGACAAACAGUAUGGCAAGACAGAGAUGGGUGUUAGUGUGCAGAAGGGUGCAAAAAGACCUGAGAAGUCAAACCUACCAGACAAUGAGAAGGCAGCCCUGAUAUUGAAGGCAAAGGAGAGCAUAUUGAAGAAGGUGUUUGAGAAGGGAGUGACAGAAAAGCAAGCAGCUGAAGAGCUGGAGGCACUACGCAAGGAGGUGCACAGGAAGGACAUCCAGGGAGGGAAUGCCAGAGAUGGAAAGAUGCAAACUCCUGUGAUUAAGAUGGAAACUCCCUCGAGAAAGAUGGCAACUCCCUUGACUAAGAUGGUUGAUUUUGAGGGUAGUACUGAUGAAGAUGAUCACAGAAAAAGGCCUGAUGCUAAGCCAAAGGUGGAAUGGAAGGGAGAGGCCGGUGGCCGAAAGGAGAACUUGAAAGUGGAUGUCAAGGAAGUUGUGGUUAUAGAUGAGCCAAAUACCACAGAUGAUUCAAGCUUAGCCCUUAAAGAAGUUAAGACCGUAUCAAAAGAGAACGAUGAUUGUGUUGGUGAUAUUAAGGAGGGAAAAGAUAAAGAGUCUGUUUCACCAGACCAGCAUAAAGAAACCCCCUUGAGAAAGAUGGUAACUCCUUUGACUGAGAUGGUCGAUGUUGAGGGUAGCACUGAUGAAGAUGAUCUCAGAAAACCCCCUGAUGCUAAGACAAAGGUGGAAUGGAUGGGGAAGACCGGUGGCCGAAAGGAGGAGAACUUGAAAGUGGAUGUCAAGGAAGUUGUGGUUGUGGAUGAGCCAAAUCUCACUGACGAUUCAAGUUUAGCCCUUAAAGAAGCUAAGACCCUAUCAAACGAGAAAGAUGAUUGUGUUGGUGGUGUUAAGGAGGGAAAAGAUAAAGAGACAGUUUCACCAGACCAGCAUAAAGAAACCCUCUCGAGAAAGAUGGUAACUCCCUUGACAGAGAUGGUCGAUGUUGAGGGUAGCACUGAUGAGGAUGAUCUCAGAAAACCCCCUGAUGCUAAGACAAAGGUGGAAUGGAUGGGGAAGACCGGUGGCCGAAAGGAGGAGAACUUGAAAGUGGAUGUCAAGGAAGUUGUGGUUGUGGAUGAGCCAAAUCUCACUGAUGAUUCAAGUUUAGCCCUUAAAGAAGCUAAUACUGUAUCAAAAGAGAAAGAUGAUUGUGUUGGUGGUUUUAAGAAGGGAAAAGAUAAAGAGACAGUUUCACCAGACCAGCAUGAAGAAACCCCCUCGAGAAAGAUGGUAACUCCCUUGACAGAGAUGGUCGAUGUUGAGAGUAGCACUGAUGAGGAUGAUCUCAGAAAACAACCUGAUGCUAAGACAAAGGUGGAAUGGAUGGGGAAGACCGGUGGCCGAAAGGAGGAGAACUUGAAGGUGGAUGUCAAGGAAGUUGUGGUUGUGGAUGAGCCAAAUCUCACUGAUGAUUCAAGUUUAGCCCUUAAAGAAGCUAAGACCGUAUCUAAAGAGAAAGAUGAUUGUGUUGGUGAUGUUAAGGAGGGAAAAGAUAAAGAGACGGUUUCACCAGACAAGCAUAAAGAAACCCCCUCGAGAAAGAUGGCGACUCCCUUGACUGAGAUGGUCAAUGUUGAGGGUAGCACUGAUGAGGAUGAUCUCAGAAAAUGGCCUGAUGCUAAGCCAAAGGUGGAAUGGAUGGGAAAGACCGGUGGCCGAAAGGAGGAGAAUUUGAGAGUGGAUGUUAAGGAAGCCUUGGUUGUGGCUGAGCCAAAAAUCACAGAUGAUUCAAGUUUGCCCAUUAAAGAAGCUAAGACUUUAUCAAAAGAGGCAGGUGAUCGUGUCAGUGGUGUUAAGGAGGGAAAACAGACAGUUUCACCAGACCAGCAUAAAGAGACUAGGCAAGGGAAACGGCACAAAAAAACCAAAAAGUCUAAAAUAGCAAAAAUUGCAGGCCAUGCAGAUGCUGCUACAGAAAAGCCAUUGACUGAUGAUGCUGUUCAGGCAGUUAUGACGGCAACAAUCUGUACCAAGAAAACAGGAAUUAAUGUAGAAAGAAAAGCUGAUGACCAGAAAGGGGAAAGUUUGAAAUAUGUGAAGUCAGAGAGUGAUGUUGAUAGGCCCUCAAGCAGUGAUGACACAAACAAGAUGGCUUCUUCAACAGUUGAUGCCAAAACUACUGAUGAAGUUUUACAAAGACCAAUCCGUGCAUCAGCACCGGCAAUAGAGAAGGCAAAGGCUGAGGUUAAGUCUGCCAGGGAAGAAUUUAAGGGACCUUUAAAAGUAAUUGAAAGUAAGUCUGUUGAAGAAAUUAAGGAAGUUUUACAAAUGACUGGGAAGCAGUCUGCUGGAGACGAGUUUAAGAGAUCCUUACACAGUUCUGUCAUUAAGUCUGGUGGAGAAGAAGUAAAGGAACAUGUUCAAAAAUAUGUUUCUGACACUGUAAGGGAGGAAAUGAAGGAGCCUUUAAAAAUGGGUGGGAUUAAUUCUACAGAGGAAAAAUUAAAGGAAGCUUUACAGAUGACUGUUGUCAAAGAAAUGAAGGAACCUGUACACAUAGCUGAAAUUAAGUCUGCUGCAGAAGAAAUGAAGGGACCUUUAGGAUUGACUGGGAAUCAGUCUGCUGGGGAAGAAGUUAAGAAGCAUGUACAAAAAGCUGGAAUCGACUCUGUAGGGGAGGAAAUUAAGGAACCUAUACCAUUAGCUGGGAUGACAUCGAUUGGGAAAGAACCGAAAGAACAUCAACUCAACAUUAAAGAGCAACUACACCCUGCAAUACCUAGCAUUGCUGCAGUUGUUUUUAGCACCACUUAUGAGGCUGUUGAUAACAAAUCAUAUUUACAACCUGAUUCUAGAUCAGUGGAUUCCAUGAAACAGGAUCCAAACCUAGUUGAAAGUCCUCUUCCAAGUCAGACAGGCAACAAGCCGCAUCCAGACUCUCUUUUACCAUCAGAGGAAAAUCCCACAGAAUCUGAGUUGGCUGAGGUACUAGAGUCUGAUACGACUACAGAGAGCAGUGGGGAGGGGGAGGAGGACAAGGAAGAAAUAAAGAUGAAGAAAAAGAAGGGCUCCGCAAAGUCAUCACUGAUCCGGCAGGAAUGCCUGGAACAUGACCAGCGAAUUGUGGCUCUGGUCUCCAUGGUGAGGCACAUAGAGGUCUGCCUCAAACAGCAGCAGCAGCAGUCUGUCGGCCGUGGCCUCAUCUCUCUAGAAGACAUCAUCAGACAGACAGAGGCGCUGAGCCUCGAGCUCCAGGACCUGGAACCAGAGGUAAACAAGGAGGUGGAGGCCGCUGCCCAACUGCUUGAGCCACGCCCUUCCAAUGUCCCACCUCAGCUCCUAUUGGCUCUGGAGAAGGAUAUGCGGAGCCUGGCCCGAGGGUACGAGUCCGCCAGGGGAGUCUCUGAGACCAUUCUACAGGGUCUACGAGAACACAGAGACUCUUACAAGGAGGCUGUGACAGCGGAGCAGAAGAACCUGGGAGGUCUGGUGGAAAACCUCCUCACCUGGUUGAGCGAGACGGAGGCCAGGAGCAUCGGAGCGAUGGCAGGGAAGGAGGAGAAGGAUAGCCCUGUUGAUCAGAUUACGCAGCAACUGGAAUACUGCAAGGAGUUCCAGGCUGCCCUGACGGCCCGCUCCAAUGAGGUCAUCGACGCGGCCUUUGACGUUCAGGUGUUCAUCUCGGAGCGCGCCCAGGACCUGGCCCCCGAGCAGAGCAGGCACCUGCUGGGGCAGCUCCAGAGGCUGCAGGGGGCCUUCCACCAGGCCAGUGGGCAGGCCCGGGCCCGCGCAGAGACCCUGUCCAAUCAGAGAGCCAGGGAGGAGGAGCUCCAGCAGAAAGAGAGUGCUAAAGUGCAGGAGGAGGAGAAGGAGAGGGAGAUAGAAAGACAGACGGCCCGGAAGAUUGAGGUGGUCAAGCAGCAGAAAGCAGAAUGCUCUCAGAAACUAGAAGGCCUCAACGUGUGGUUGGCUGGAGCCGCCAGCAUGUUGGCCAAUCAGAAAGCAUGUGUAGAGUCGGGGGAUGUGGAUGUCUUGCAAGAGAAGCAGAAGGAACUCAAGGAGGUGCAGAAGGACCUGCAGAGCAAAGCAGAGGGCGUGGCCGGGACCAUCCGCUCGGUGGAGGACUUCCUGUCGGAGCGAGGGGACUGCCUGAGCCCCGAGGAGAGGGAGAGCCUGCAGGGGGCGCUACGCAAGAUGAAAGAGCAGUACGCUGACCUGACCAACGCUGCCGACGCCUCAGUCACCCAGCUGGACACGGCCAUCAGCACCACACUCCAGCAGAACACACAGAGGGCUAAGGCAGAGGAGGACCUCCAGGAGACCCGGGGACAGAUCGAUGCCAUGCUGGAAGGCCUGUCCUCCCUCAGUGCCCCUACUGUGAAGGCAUCCGCCACCAAGUGCAGCACGUCUCCUGAAGACGUCAUAGAUGGGCGGCUCUCUUCCACACAGCCAGAGGGCGCUCUACAGUCACACACAGACAUGCUACAGGCGGAGAUGCAGCAGCUCCAGGCCCAGCAGGCCCAGCUGCUGCAAGUGGCCCAGUCCACGCGCUCCCUGCUGGAGCAGCCCGACUCGGCGGUGCCCCCCGAGGAGAAGCGCCGCCUCCGGGCCUCCCUGGACCAGCUGCAGGCUCAGCACCAGAGCAAGCUGCAGAGCUGCCAGGACCGCCUGAGGAAAUCUGAGGUUCUGCGGGAAGAGCUGUCCAAGUUCCUCCAGGAGCACGGCGGCCUGGGCACCUGGCUGGACCAGAGCGAGAAGGAGCUGCGUUCCCUGGGGGAGGGAGAGACCGACGCACAGGGGCUGAAGGGACGGCUGGAGGAACACAAGAAGCUGGCUGAGGAGGUGAUCUGCCACAAGGCGGACCUGCGCUUCGUGUCCAUCUCGGGCCAGAAGGUUCUGGACUCUGUGCAGGGGGCGCUGGAGCAGGCUGGGGGUUCAGACCCGGCGCUGGACAGCACCAAGCAGCUAGUGACAGACAAACUGCACGACGCCAACCACAGAUACACUGCCCUACACACCAAGUCCUCUGAGCUGGGCGGCCGUCUGUCGGGGCUGCUGGAGCGCUCUCAGCAGUACCAGGACGAGGCGGUGUCGCUCCACUCCUGGCUCAGCAGCCAGGAGCAGGAGCGGGACACGGCCCGGCCCAGCGGGGACACCAACCCCCAGAACCUGCAGAGCGCACUGCGACAAGUACAGCUGUUGCAGGACGAGCUUGCGGCCCGUUCAGUGCAGCUGGAGAAGGUGAAGAGAGCCGGCAGGGAGCUGGUCAGCACAGAGGAAUCCCCCUCCCUCAAGGCAGUGGACAUCCUCUGCACCGCAGAUGGCCUGGAGAGGCGGUUCGACACGCUGUCUGCGUCGGUGUCGGAGCGUGCCGAGCAGCUGCAGACCGCGGUGGCCCAGUCGGUCAGCGUGCAGGAGGGGCUGAAGGGUCUGCUGUCCUGGCUGGACCAGCUGGUUCUGAGCCCAGGACCGGUCCAGCCCAGCGCUCAGGCUGUUCAGGACGCCAUGACACAAAACCAGAAGCUCCGCCAGGAGCUGCUGUCCCGGCAGGGCAGUGUGGACGCCACCCGCGACUCCCUCUCCAAGCUCCUGCAGAGCGCCGACGCAGACACGGCCGCCGACCUCCGGGGGGCGCUGGCCCAGCUCAACGGGCGCUACGCCGCCGCACAGGCCGGCCAGACGGAGAGAGAGGCCGAGCUGAAGGACCUGCUGCCCAGGCUGGAGAGCUACGAGCGGCUGGGGGCCGACCUGCAGGGCUUCACCCAGAGCAGGCUGAAGGCCCUGGGGCCGGUGGGGCAGCCGGAGCACAGCGUGGACGACUACAGGCAGACCCUGGAGGAGGUGAAGUCAGAUCUGGAGCAGGAGGCGGGACAACUGAAGUCCUUCUGCGAGCUGGGUACGGAUCUCAGCCAAUCACAAGCCAUCUCCAAUUCUCAAAGCCUAUUGGAUAACGUCAAGGAGGUGUCAGAUGAGUUCAGCCGACUGGAGGCCAAUGUCAACGACAGGUUUUCAGCCAUCCAGGGCUGUGAGCAGCGGCUGGCUCAGUUCCGUGGGCUCUCUGGCUCCCUCCUCAGGUGGCUCCAGGCAUCUCAGGAUCAGCUGCCUGCGAAGGAGCCCAGCCUGGACACCGAGGGCAUGCAGCGCAGAGUCCAGCAACUCCAGGACUUGUGUGACGACUGGGAGUCCCAGGGAGCCCGGGUCCAGGAGCUGAACAAGACCGGCUCAGAGCUGGAGUCCACCAUCAUCGGCAUCACCGCACCACAGACCAAGACCGUUGCUCCUCAGAUCAACGGUUCAGCCAACCCAGGCAGUGUUAACGGCAUCCAUACCUGCAAAGACCUGACGGAGCUGCAGGUGGCGGUGGCGGAGGUGAACGGCCGCUACGAGUCGCUGGGCUCUGAGCUGAAGGAGCGCCACGGCCGGCAGCAGGCCGCCCUGGAGCUCCGGCAGCAGGCCAGCCAGGGGGCCCAGGAGCUCAGCAGCUGGCUGAGGGACCGCGAGCACAGCCUGGAGCAGGGCCACAACGCCUCCCCCUCCAAACCCGAGGUGGUGCGCGCCAAGGCUCAGGAGAACAAGGCGCUCCUCAGGGAGCUGACGGAGCACUCGGGGAAGGUGGAGGAGCUCAAGGCCUCGCUGACGAAGCUGGUCGCCGACAACCCCGACUCCCCUGAGGCAGCCUCCUGGAGGCAGCAGCUGCAGGAGCUGGACUCCCGCUGGCAGAAGGCCAAUGAGACCGCAGCACAGAGGCAGACGGAGCUGGAGACCUGUGCUGAUAGGCUGGGCAGUUUUGCCUCGGCGGCCAGUCAGCUGGGGCCGUGGCUGCGGGAGAAGGAGCUGAUGAUGAGCGUGCUCGGACCGCUGAGCAUCGACCCCAACAUGCUCAACACGCAGAAACAACAAGUACAGUUCAUGCUGCGCGAGUUCGAUACCCGCCGGCCCCAGUACGACGAGCUGACCCAGUCUGCGGAGGGCAUCCUCUCCCAGUCUGGAGACGCCCCCCAGGACCCCAAGGACCUGCAGGAGGUUCGGGCCGAGCUGGGCUCCAUCUCGAAGCAGUGGGAGGACCUGACGUCCCGCCUGGACCUGAGGUCGGGCCGCAUCGACCGGGCUCAGGGCACCAGCGAACGCUACCAGGCCCUGCUGAAGGAGCUGGCGGCCAGCGUGGGCGACCUGGGCGAGCGGCUGGACGGCCAGGCCUCACUCAGCGCCCAGCCCGAGGCCCUGAGGAGCCGGCUGCAGGAGACGGGCGAGGUGCGCUCGGAGCUGGAGCGCCGCCGCGCCGAGCUGGGCGAGGCGGAGAGGCUGUGCGAGGAGCUGAGCGCCAUCGUGGACGAGCCUUACCUGAGGGAGGAGCUCAGCAAGCGGCUGGAGGCCGUCGGAGCGCCGCUACGGAGUCUGGAGGAGCGCGCCGCCGACGGUCUGUCCCAGCUGCAGGCCGCCCUCUCCUCCACCCAGCAGUUCCAGCAGAUGUUCGACGAGCUGCGCUGCUGGCUGGACAACCAGGCGGACACCAGGGACUCCUCGGCCGACUCCCUGCCCUGCCAGCCGGAGGCUCUGCGCUCCCUGCUGGCCCACGCCGAGGACCUCCAGCGGGGCAUCGCCGCCCAGCGCGGCUCCUACGAGCUCCUCCAGGCCGAGGGCGCCUCGCUGCUCGCCGCGCUCCCCGCCGGAGGGGACGAGCGCUCGGCCCUGCAGUCGCGCCUGUCCGGCCUGCGCCAGGACUGGGACGGGCAGAACCAGAGGGCCACCGACCGGCAGAACCGCCUCAAGUCCACCCUGGCCAAGGCGGAGACGUACCAGAAGCACCGGGAGGAGCUGGUGCCCUGGCUGGAGGAGUGCGAGGGGAAGGACGCGGAGAUACGGCCGUCGCUGGACCCCGCCGCCCUGGACGAGGCCCUGCAGAGGGCCCGGACGCUCUCCAUGGACCUGGACAGGAGGCGCCCCCUGGUGGACGCCCUCAACACCGCGGCGGACCAGUUGCUGGAGCAGUGCCGGGUCGGAGAGGAAGAGGUGCGUGAUGAGAAGGCCCAGCUGAACCGCAGGGUGGACGGGCUGGGGGAGCGGGUCCACGACCACACCUCCCAGCUGGAGGAGCUGGCCGGCCGCCUCAAGGAGUUCCAGGAGGGGAGGCAGAGUGUGGAGCGGAGGCUGGAUGCGGCCAAACACCAGAUAGAAGUCCAGGAAGCUCUGGGGCCACAGGCUUGCAGCGCAAAGAGCCUGGAGCGUCUGCGGAGCCAGCAGGAGGCCCUCCGGUCCCUGCAGCCCCAGGUGGUCUAUCUCAGAGACCUGGCGCAGGGUCUGGUGCAGGACGCCCCCCAGACACCAGGGGGCGGCAGAGAGGGAGCAGAGAGGCUGCAGCAGCAAGCCACCGACACUGAGAAGGAGUAUGAAGACGUUACAGAGAAGGUGGAGCAGUGCUCGGCGGCCCUGGAGUCGCGGCUGCAGGGCGUGGGCGAGGUGCAGACGCACGUGCGCGACGUCUUCUCCCGCCUGGCCGACCUGGACGACGAGCUGGACUCCCUGAGCCCCGUGGGGCGCGACGGCGACGCGCUGGCCUCCCAGGCCGAGGCGCUGCGCGGCCUCCUGGCGCGCGUGGGCGACCUGCGGCGCCAGCUGGACGGCCACGGGACGGAGUGCACCGCCAUGCUGCGGCGGGAGGGCUCCUCCCCCGACCUGCUGGCACUGCGCCGCGAGACGGAGGCCCUCAGCAGGCAGGCGGGCAAGCUGAACGAGCGAGGCCAGGUCCGCCUGGGCCAGAUCGAAGACGCCGCGGAGAAGGUGCGGGAGUUCUACGGGCUGGUGACCGAGCUGCAAGGCAUGCUGGGAAGGGCCGAGGAAGGCCUGAACGCCCAGGGAUUGGUCGGCACGGAGGUGGAGAUCAUCAAACAGCAGCUGCAGGAGUUCAAGGCGCUGGAGCGGGAGCAGGUGGAUGGCAUCCAGCCGCGGCUGAAGCAAGUCAACGCGGUGGGCCAGGGUCUGAUCCAGAGCGCCGCGAAGCACACGGACACCCAGGCCCUGGAGCACGACCUGGAGAACACCAACCUCCAGUGGAACUCUCUCAACAAGAGGGUGGCCGAGCGAAUCGCACAGCUGCAGGAGGCACUGUUGCAUUGUGGGAAGUUUCAGGAUGCCCUGGAGCCCCUGCUAAGCUGGCUCAGUGAUACCGAGGAGCUGGUGGCCAAUCAGAAGCCCCCGUCCGCAGAGUACCGAGUGGUCAAAGCCCAGAUUCAGGAACAGAAGCUGCUGCAGAGGCUGCUGGACGACCGGCGGCCCACCGUCCAGAUGAUCCAGGCGGAGGGCGAGAGGAUCGCCGCCACGGCCGACGCCCAGGACCGGGACAAGAUCCAGUCCCAGCUCCAGAGCCUGGGGGAGAGGUGGACCGAGCUCCUGGACAAAGCCAGCGGCAGGCAGAGGAAGCUUGAGGAGCUGCAGGGGCUGGCCCUCCAGUUCCACGAGGCCCUUGAGCCGCUGGGCGAGUGGCUGAGCGCCACCGAGCGGCGGCUGACCUCGGCGGAGCCCAUGGGCACGCAGACGGCCAAGAUCUCCCAGCAGAUCUCCAAGCACAAGGCGCUCCACGCGGACGUGUCCUCGCGAGGGGCCGAGGUCGACCUGGUCGAGGCCCUCGGCCAAACCCUGAGCCCGCUCUGCUGCCCCGCCGACGGCCAUUGGCUGCGGGAGCGGGUGGGGGCGGUGCACACGGGGCACUCUGAGCUGCUGGAGUGGUGCAGGCGGCGGGCGGGCAUGCUAGAGCAGGCGCUGGCCAACGCCCAGCUGUUUGGGGAGGAGGAGGUGGAGGUGCUGAACUGGCUGGAGGAGGUGGGCCUGAGACUGGCUCAGGUCUCCGUCCAGAGCUUCCAGCCUCAGCCGCUCACAGAGCAGCACAAACACACACUGUCACUGAAUGAAGAGAUUGUGAGCAGGAAGAAGACGGUGGACCAGGCCAUAAAGAACGGACAGGCCCUCCUCAAACAGACCACAGGUGAGGAGGUGCUGCUGAUCCAGGAGAAGCUGGACGGCAUCAAGACUCGCUACGCCGAGAUGACGGCGGGCAGCAGCAAGGCCCUCCGCACCCUGGAGCAGGCGCUGCAGCUGUCCACGCGGUUCGCCAGCGCCCACGACGACCUCAACCAAUGGCUGGACACCGUGGAGGCGGAGCUCAACAACAUGGAGCCCGACGCUACACCCGCUUAUCAGGAGAGACAGAAGGAGCUGAAGAAGCUGUCUGCGGAGAAGCGUCUGGUGCUGGACACGGUGAACGAGGUGGGCAGCGCCCUGCUGGACCUGGUGCCGUGGCGGGCCCGCGAGGGCCUGGACCGCCUGGUGGCCGACGCCAACCAGCGCUACCGCCAGGCCGACGAGACCAUCACGCAGCGGGUGCAGCUGGUGCAGGCUGCCAUCCAGAGGUCACAGCAGCUGGAGGAGGCGGUGGACGCGGAGCUGGCCUGGGCCCGGGAGACGGAGCGCAAGCUGUCGUCCCUGGGGCCCCUGAGCCUGGAGCCCGACGUGACGGUGGCCCAGCUGCAGGUGCAGAGGGCCUUCAACAUCGACAUCAUCCGCCACAAGGACACGGUGGACCAGCUGCUGGCCACCCACAGCGACAUCCUGGACACCUGCACCGACGCCCAGAGGGACGCGCUGGCGACCAAGACGGACGCCCUGAGCGAGCGCUACGAGGCGGUCAGCCAGAAACACAGCGAGCGCUUCUCGGCGCUGGAGCAGGCCCAGGUCCUGGUAGCCCGCUUCUGGGAGACCUACGAGGAGCUGGAGCCCUGGCUGGGGGAGACGGAGACCCUCAUCGCCCAGCUGCCCCCCGCCGCCAUCGACACGGACGCCCUGCGGCUCCAGCAGGACCAGAUGAGGCUCCUGAGGGAGUCCAUAGCCGAGCACAAGCCCCACAUAGACAAACUGCUGAAGAUCGGGCCCCAGAUGGCCCUGCUGAGCGCCCAGGAGGGCCCGUCGGUCACGCAGCGCUACGUGGACUCUGAGCGCCGCUACCUCGCCAUCAAGGAGGAGGUCAAAGGUCGCGCGGGCGCCCUGGACGAGGCGGUGUCCCAGUCCGUACAGUUCCACGACAAGAUGGACCCUCUGCUGGAGACCCUGGAGGGGGCGGUGCAGCGGCUGCGUCAGCCCCCCCCUGUGGCCGCCGAGGUGGACAAGAUCCGCGAGCAGCUGGGGGACCACCGGGCCCAAGGCUUGGAGCUGGACAAGCUGCUGCCCUCCUUCUCCGCCCUGUGCAGCCGCGGGGAGGAGCUGAUCGGGCGGGCCGCGCACGACGACCCCGCCGCCCAGGCCGUGCGUUCCCGCCUGCUGCGUCUGCGCUCCCUGUGGGAGGAGAUCCGCCAGCGGGCGGAGGAGCGCGAGGCCAAGCUGAGCGACGUGCUGGACCUGGCCGAGAAGUUCUGGGCCGACAUGGCGGCGCUGCUGAGCACGCUGCGGGACUCCCAGGACAUCGUGCGGGAGCUGGAGGACCCCGGGGUGGACCCCUCGCUCAUCAAGCAGCAGAUCGAGGCGGCCGAGGCCAUCAAGGGCGAGACGGACGGCCUGAGAGAAGAGCUGGAGUUCGUCAGGACCCUCGGGGCAGACCUCAUCUUUGCCUGCGGGGAAACCGAGAAACCAGAGGUUAAGAAAACCAUCGACGAGAUGAACGGAGCGUGGGACGGGCUGAACCGGACGUGGAGGGAGAGGAUGGAGCGACUGGAGGAGGCCAUGACCGCUUCUGUUCAGUACCAGGACGCACUGCAGGGCAUGUUUGACUAUCUGGACAACGCAGUGAUCAAACUGUGUGACAUGCCGACUGUGGGAACGGACCUGGGAACAGUCAAACAACAGAUUGAAGAACUCAAGCAGUACAAGGUGGAGGUGUACCAGCAGCAGAUUGACAUGGAGAAGCUGUGCCACCAGGGGGAGCUGUUGCUGAAGAAAGUCAGCGACCAGACGGACCGAGACAUGAUCCAGGAGCCGCUCACCGAGCUCAGACAUCUCUGGGAAAACCUGGGAGACAAGAUCACGCACAGACAGCACAAGCUGGAGGGCGCGCUACUGGCCCUGGGUCAGUUCCAGCACGCCCUGUCUGAGCUGCAGGCCUGGCUCAACCACACUCACGCCACCCUGGACACCCAGCGGCCCGUCAACUCUGACCCCAAGGCCAUCGAGAUCGAGCUGGCCAAGCACCACGUGCUGCGUAACGACGUGCUCUCCCACCACUCCACGGUGGAGGCGGUGAACGGAGCCGGGGCCGAGCUGCUGGAGUCCACCCCCGGGGACGAGGUCAGCCACCUGAGAGACCAGCUGGACACGCUCAACAGCGGCUGGGAGAGCCUCCUACUCAAGACCCAGGAGCGCCAGAAGCUGCUGGAGGCCGCACUGCACCAGGCGGAGGGUUUCCACGGCGACCUAGAGGAGUUCCUGCAGUGGCUGCGGAGGACGGAGAGCCAGCUGUCCGCCGCCAAGCCCACCGGGGGUCUCCCUGAGACCGCCCGAGAGCAACUCCAGCAGCACAUGGAGCUGCAGACCACUCUGAGCCAGCGGGCGGAGCACUACCACGGGCUGCUGGACCAGGGCGAGGCCAUGCUCCUGGCCCGCGGCGGGGAGGAGGGCGGGCCCGGCACCACCCAGACCCAGCAGAACCUGGCCAUGCUGCAGAACAAGUGGGCCAGCCUCAGCACCAAGAUCGACGACCGCCGGGGGAAGCUGGAGGAGGCUCUGUCUCUGGCCACGGGCUUCCAGAGCUCCCUGCAGGACACCAUCAACUGGCUGACGCAGGCCGAGCAGACCCUCAACAUGGCCCAGGCCCCCAGCCUCAUCCUGGACACCGUGCUGUUCCAGAUCGAUGAGCACAAGGUGUUUGUGAACGAGGUGAACACCCACCGGGAGCAGGUGCUGGCCCUGGAGAAGGCGGGCUCCCAGCUGCGCUUCGCCAGCCUGAAGCAGGACGUGGUGCUGAUCAAGAACCUGCUGCUCAGCGUGCAGGCGCGCUGGGACAAGCUGGUGCAGCGCUCCCUGGACCGCGGGCGCCACCUCGACGAGGCCCGCAAGCGCGCCAAGCAGUUCCACGAGGCGUGGAGGAAGCUGACCGACUGGCUGGAAGAGGCGGAGAGCCGCCUGGACUCUGAGCUGGAGAUCUCCAACGAACCAGACAAGAUAAAACUGCAGCUGUCCAAGCACAAGGAGUUCCAGAAGGCGCUGGGCUCCAAGCAGCCGGUGUACGACACCACGGUUCGGUCGGGCAAGGCCAUGCGGGACAAGACCCAGCUCCCCUCCGACACCCAGAAGCUAGACCACCUGUUGGGGGAGCUCCGGGACAAAUGGGACACCGUCUGCGGCAAGAGUGUGGAGCGACAACACAAGCUGGAGGAGGCCCUGCUGUUCUCGGGUCAGUUCGCCGAGGCCCUCCAGGCCCUGGUGGACUGGCUGUAUAGGGUGGAGCCCCAGCUGGCUGAGGACCAGCCCGUCCACGGGGAUCUGGACCUGGUGUCCAACCUCAUGGACACGCACAAGGCGUUCCAGAAGGAGCUGGGCAAGAGGACCAGCAGCAUCCAGGCCCUGAAGCGCUCGGCCCGCGAGCUGAUGGACACCGGCCGCGACGACACGGCCUGGGUCAAGGUCCAGCUGCAGGAGCUCAGCAACCGCUGGGAUACGGUGUGCGCGCUGUCCGUCAGCAAGCAGACCCGCCUCCAGCAGGCCGUCAAACAGGCGGAGGAGUUCCGCACCAACGUGCAGAUCCUCCUGGAGUGGCUGUCGGAGGCGGAGCAGACGCUGCGGUUCCGCGGCGUGCUGCCGGAGGAGGCGGACACGCUGCAGACGCUGCUGCACACGCACCGGGACUUCAUGGGCACGGUGGAGGAGAAGCGCUCCACGGUCAACUCGGCGGCGGGCAUGGGCGAGGCCAUCCUCACCCAGUGCCACCCCGACUCUGUCACCACCAUCAAGCACUGGAUCACCAUCAUCCGUGCCCGCUUUGAGGAGGUGCUGACGUGGGCCAAACAGCACGAGCAGCGCCUGGAGACGGCUCUGAAUGAGCUUCUCAACAACGCCAACCUAUUGGAAGAGCUGUUGUCGUGGCUACAAUACGCUGAGACCGCAUUGGUCCAAAGAGACACGGAGCCCCUCCCACAGGACAUCACUCAACUGAAGUCGCUCAUCACCGAACACCAGGUGUUCAUGGAGGAGAUGACCAGGAAGCAGCCAGACGUGGACAAGGUGACGAAGACGUACAAGAGGAAACCAGCCGAGGUCUCGAGCAGCCUGGCAGAGAGGAGAGGAGCGCGUAAGAACCAGCAACAGCAGCCGCAGCAGCACCAGCACGCGGCCAUGCUGAUCGCCAGCAGCAACCCGCGGCUCAACCAGCUCUGCGCCAGGUGGCAGCAGGUCUGGCUGCUGGCCCUCGAUCGCCAGAGGAAGCUCAACGACGCGCUAGAUAGGCUGGAGGAGCUGAAGGAGUUUGCCAACUUUGACUUUGACGUGUGGAGGAAGAAGUACAUGCGCUGGAUGAACCACAAGAAGUCCCGCGUCAUGGACUUUUUCAGACGCAUCGACAAGGACCAGGACGGAAAGAUCACGCGUCAGGAGUUCAUCGACGGCAUCCUGGCCUCCAAGUUCCCCACCAGCAGGCUCGAGAUGACCGCCGUGGCGGACAUCUUUGACGGCGACGGCGACGGCUACAUCGACUACUACGAGUUUGUGGCGGCGCUUCACCCAAACAAGGACGCCUACCGGCCCACCACGGACGCAGACAAGAUAGAGGACGAGGUGACCCGGCAAGUGGCCCAGUGUAAGUGCGCCAAGAGGUUCCAGGUGGAGCAGAUAGGGGAGAACAAGUACAGGCCUCAUGUAGCCUGUGACCUUUCUCAAGGCACUGUCAUCACACUAACCUUCGGGGACUCCCAGCAGCUGCGUCUGGUGCGGAUCCUGCGCAGCACGGUCAUGGUGAGGGUGGGCGGGGGCUGGAUGGCCCUCGACGAGUUCCUGGUCAAGAACGACCCCUGCCGAGUGCAACACCCUGGACUUAAGAUUCUCCGCUCCGACUCCAGUAGCUCCAUCUCAUCUCGUAUAGCCCGUGGGCGGACCAACCUGGAGCUGAGGGAGAAGUUCAUCAUCCACGAGGGCGUGUCCCAGGGCCUGGCGGCCUUCCGCUCGCGGGGCCGGCGCUCCAAGCCCGGCUCGCGCACCGCCUCCCCGACCCGCUCCUCCUCCUCGGCCUCCCACAGCGCCCACAGCUGCGCCUCCCUGCCCUCCACGCCGGCCACGCCCACCGCCUCCUCCUCCUCCUCCAGGUCCUCAAACACCCAUUCUCGUGACUACGCCAAGCCCUGGCUCGCUCACAGUAAAACCCCGACGACCUCCAAGUCUAACUGCUGCCCGGAUCAGGCGGCCCCGGGGCCCGAGGGGACGGCGGCGGGCUCCAAGCUGAAGAGGCCCACCUUCCACUCCAGCCGAGGGUCUCUGACCGGGGAGAACGGGGGCUCCACGCCCACCAGCGCCAAAUCAGGCCGACCCGACCCCAAGCGCGCUGGCACCACGGCGGGCGCCGCCGCGGCCAGCCGCGCCGCCAGCCGGGCGGGCAGCCGGGCGGGCAGCCGGGCCAGCAGCCGGCGGGGCAGCGACGCCUCGGACGCCUCGGAGCUCCAGGAGUCGCGCUCGGUGUGCUCCGACACCUCGGACACGCCGCGGAGGCCCGGCGCCGCCAAGCCCUCCAAGAUCCCCACCAUCUCCAAGAAGACCCCCAGCCCCAAGGGCCCCCCCGCGCUGAAGAAGUAGGGACCCCACCGGGGGGGGGGGGGGGGGGGGGGGGGGGGGGGCGACGAUGAUGAUGAUGAGAGAGAAAGGAACGAAAAUGAAAAAAAAUACGGAAUGCUCCGCACAGAACGGUGGAGGACGUGGCAGAGCACCGAGGGAGGCGGCCGUUUGUUUUGGGCCCCUCCGGUCGCGACGGGGGGUCAGAGUGGUCUGAUCCAAACCUCUUUCCAUAGGGCUGUUAUGAGACGCUGCACUAAGACACGGGGGGACGGGAGGGCCGGUGGUGUCUCAUUCUCUCCGUUCCCCCCCCCCCCUCCCCUCCUCGCACACAAAAACAAACCAAGGGUUCAGGGCCCGUGCGACCAGAGAUGACGAAGAGGACCUCCCGGUUACGAACCCGAUCCAGGUGGCCUUUCCCGGGACACUCUUGGGAUCUUGUGAUCCAGAAAGUUUUUCGGGGAUCGUAACGAGAAAGGCUUCCACAAGGUCUCCCACUGAAUCCACACACACACACACACACACACACGCUCGCGUGCACGCGUCUCUGAGCGGGACGGGAAGCUGCCUUAUGUCCCGUACCAGACCUCUGCUCAGAGAACAGAAGACAGAUACGUGUUCCCCACUCUACGCCUCUACAACAGUGAUACACAGAAUACACACUCAAACGCACACGCAGACAGACUCUGAAUAACAUUUUAACAGAAGAAAACCCUCACAUUGCUGCCCUGAAGUGGUUCGGUCGGUGGCUUCCACCAUGCGGCCUCCCUAAAAUACACCGCCCGCCGACACCCGGGACGGGAACACUUUGGGGGUUUUAUCCGGCUGCCUCGGGGCCGCGACGCUCCUCUCAGAGAUGGCAGAUGGGCAGCUGCUCAAAGAAAAAAAAGAACCAUUGCACGACUGUGCUGUGCUGAAUUCCCCGGGUCUGGUUGGGUUGAGCGGACCGGGGAACCAGACACCCACAGCAUACCUGUGGUGGGCGGGUUUAGGAGCAGAGGAAGCUUCCAGAAAGAGAGUACGCUUCACUUCCUGUGUCGAAGCCAACGCCGAGCGUCCGUCCCCCUCCCGACCACCGGGGGGCGACACCACCGUGGACUUUCAUACCAGCGGGGUGACGAGAAGGGGCUCGCUGGCUUUGAACCGACAACCCCUUGUUUUUUAAUGGUGUCAGCCGCACGGCUCAACAGCACAUCGGACACACAACGAGACGAGACCCGACUCUGUCUGAAGAGUGUGACAACCAACGCACACACCAGCCAGCCGUCUCCUCAGCCCGAGUCUAGCGCGUCGCCCCUGGCAACCAAGCACACGCACACGCAUACACAAACAUAGGCACACAUACAGACACACACACAAAUGCGUGUCCAAGUAGCUGUGUGUAUAAUGUGUGUCACUGGCAUGUGUUACUGAAAAACUAAAGGUCACUGACUCGAGUGACUGACUUGAGUCACUGUAUGCAAAACCUUUGACAAAUGUUAUUUUUUUGUUUUGAUUCGUUUUUUUCGUCUUUGUCAUUGUGUCGUUCUGGUUUAUUUAUAAUCCAGUUGUACUUUUGUUUAUCCAACUAAAACUAAAGUAUCUAACUAAAGUUACAAAUCUAUAUUUAUUUUUGAGCUCCAUAUCAUAUCAAUCGUUGCAGAGCGCAAUUAGUAUUACAAAUCAAGAAAACACGUUUUUUUUGUACAAUGCAAAUGUAUGGUCUGAUCUGCUCUUUGGACAUCUUUUGUGUGUAAAUGUGUUUUCACGUCAUCCUAAUGUUGCAUUCGUCAUAACAAUGUUUUUUUGUUAUUUUUGAUGAUAUCUAUUUACCAGAUCAUGACCAAAGGGGUUUGCCCUUGUGAAGAAAAAGAAAACUUCAAAUGUUGAUUGAAGGGUGACUUUGGCAGAGCAGGGCCAAUGAAAGGGGUAACUUCCUUUCUCAUGUCCCACCUUCCCUAGCAUCUGUCCCUAUAGGCUCGUUUUUUUUAAAUGUCCCACUUGAUUGGAUGGGACCCCCAAGAUUGUGUGUCAUCUCGACGCAAGAGAUGAAGUUUGUGAGAAAACCUUGAAAUGAAUUUAUAGCAAGGAAGAAUGCGAAGGAAAGAACAUCUUACGGUGAUUUUUAUUUAUUUAUUGUCCCGGUGAAGCAGGGGCGUUGUUUCCGUGGAGACGAACCCUCAGCCUUUUGAUGCCGUGCUAUUUUCUGUGUGACAACGUUGGGUUGGGUAGAUGAAGUCCAUUGUGUAAAACAAAAAACUAAAAUUAUAAACAUUUUGUUCUGUUUUUGUAUUAAAAAAAUAUGCUUGCAGUAAA